CGUUGCAAUGCGCUUUCACAUCGCUGAUAGCGAAAUUCAAUUUGGCCGCGCUUUGUGGGUAGUCUUAUUGAAAAGUGAGAGAAGGCCUCGCUUAGAUUGUGCGAAAAGUUCACAUUUCUUCGCACGUCUCCAGUUGCCGUGCCACGUCUGUAUUCUGUAACGAGAACUCGCAUAAAUGCGCGGAUUGCGGUUAUUUCAGUUGAUUUACCUAUUGAAUUGUUUUGAUUGAGGGAGAAAGUUCCAUGCGUUUCCAUUAGUCACCACUAUGACUCGGCAGAUAUUGUUUGCGCGUGCAAAAAGGUUUGUGCGCCAUUUAUUUCAGCACAAAGCCAUUUCGAUAAAGCGCUUCAACAUGUCUGGCGUUAACCCUGGAUAUUAUGUUCUUGCUGGUGUUGGAGGAUAUAUAUUGACAUCAAUUUUUUUUCUUAAAUGUCCUAUCAUAUAUAAGAAGAAACGUUUACUCUUCAAAUGUUCACACAUUAGUCACAGAGGAGGAGCUGCGGAAAAAUUAGAAAACACUUGUAAUGCAUAUAGAAAUGCAAUGGAAUGUGGUACACAGAUGUUGGAGUUGGAUGUUCACCUCACUGCGGAUAAAGUUGUUGUUGUGUCUCAUGAUAAUCAUUUACUCAGGACCACAGGGGAAGAUGUUCAUAUCAAAGAUACUAAAUACGAGGAUCUUCCAUUGUUAAGUAAGGAAUUGGGAGUCACAUUCCAUUAUCACACAACUUGUCAUCACGAGGGGAAUGCUUUGCAAAUAGAAAAACUGGAAGAUGUGUUCCAGGAGUUUCCAAACACUCCGAUUCAUCUUGAUGUCAAAAUAUAUGAUGAGGAAUUGAUUCAAGAGACAAAUAAUCUGAUCAGGAAAUAUAACAGAGAAGAGAUUACACCAUGGGGAAAUUUUUCAAACAAAGUAACUUCAAAAUUGUAUAAAACAAAUCCAAAUAUACCUCUUGUGUUUUCAAUGAAAAGAGUUGCCCUCACAGUGCUUACAUUUUAUCUUGGACUCCUACCAUUCCUACCUAUCAAAGAAUCCUGUUUUGCUGUAAUAAUGCCUAAUAUAGCAAGAAAAGCAUUUAAUCCAUCAAUGACGGAGUCUUGUGGCAUACGAGCCUUGUUUGCUGUUAUUGAUUUUCUUCUGAUGAGUAAUGUGUUAUUCACACACCUCAAAGACAGAGGAAUCAAUGUCUACCUGUGGGUGCUCAAUGACGAAGAAGAUUUCAAACGAGCAUAUAAAAAACUAGGUGUAACGGGUGUGAUGACGGAUUUUCCCAGCAAAUUGAAUGACUGGCUGAAAGAGCACCCACAAUAUAGAUCUGAUGAUUGAAAAUACUCCAACUCUUGUAAUUAAAAACAUCAAGUCAUAAAUUCUUUUGAGUUGCUAAACACGCACACACAUAUCCAGCCUUUUAGGUUGCAAUAUUUUUAUAUUUCAUGUCAGUAGAUAUAUAUAUAUAUAUAUAUAUGGACCAGAUUUUUUUUUGUUAUGUACUGUGUAAAGUGUGAAUCAUGCUUUAUGCUGGAUUCCAUAUGCACUUAUUCAGAACUUGGGGUUAGGAACUCUUGAGCAUAUAACUAGUUGGUCUUUCUGUUUUUUGGUGUAAUCAGGUAUACAUUGCCUACACAUGAUAAAUUCCAAAUUUUCUAUAGUCCAAGUAAUCUGUCAACAAAGGAAUGUGUUGAUUAUUGUAUUAUGAUUAUCUCACCUCUGUGUUUGUCCAUCUACCAAACGCCUGAAGGUUCGUACUUUCUCAUGUCACAUUUUUAUGUCUAUUUUUGUCGCUAUAACUGUGCUGUAAAUUUUAAUUUGAUAAAUACUUUUUUUACUGCUGAUCACAUACAGUUAAUAAUCAAUUUUUCAAAUUUUUAUUAGUUAGGGAACGAUUUUGUACAUUUACUACGCUGUGACAAUAUUAUUUUAUUGUCACACUAAUUAUUUUUGUCAAUUUUGUUUUAUAACAUAUUCUAUCUUCACCUUAGAUUUUAGCAGCUUAGUUUGCACGGAAUGCACUUACUUAUCACUGGUUUGGAAAGAAUUAAUUUAGCAUAAAUACAUUCAUCAUCAACUUGGAAAUGAUAAUAACGCCACCGAGUAAUUUUUAUCACAAAUUAGCUUUGUUCUCCAGAUAUAACUUCAUUGUCAAUAUUGAAGAGGAAUUCCUGGUCCUCCUACUUUGCAAAAGCAAACAAAGCUUUUGCUGUUACUAAUAUAUCUCCAAACGCGUCCAUCCACUGUAUUUGUGCCUGCCUGUGGUAUCUUACCUCUAACAACGUGAUGAACUAUCCUCAAUAUAUUAGGUUGCAUUUCUAUUUUGUGUACGUUUAUCUUUGGUAACUUUUUCGUAUAAUAUUCUUAAUAUUGUAAUGACCUAUGUUAUGGAGUCACUUUUUUUAAUUUUAAGCUUGGCAAUAUGAACAGAAUGAAUACAUUAUUUCCUAUUUGAUAAUAUCCGGAAUAAAUCAUCUACCCAGGAGUU